CCACCUGUCGCUGUCCCUCGGAAGUAACCGAGUGCCGACGAUGCCGAUCAUGUGACGCUUCCUGGGGUGAAUGACGUUGACGGUGGUCGACAGUUCUUUGAGGUUGUCAUCACUUGGAAACGCGAUUAUCUUAAGCAAUGGGCAGGGCAUGCUGCAUCUUGGGAUGUCCCUCGGGAGGAGAUGCCCCAUCUCAUCAGAUCCCCAAGAAUCCAGCUCUCUUCCAGAAAUGGAAAAGCCUGAUUUACUCCGAGAAAAUUCAACAUAUGACCGACGAGCAGAUAAGCAAGUGUGCUGUGUGCUAUCGGCAUUUUGCUGACAAUGACUAUCUAGUAACUUACCGAGUAAGAAAGUUGAAACGUGGCGUUGCACCUUCCUUAAACUUGCCAAACAGACCAGAUUCUAGUGUACCUAUUAUGAUUAAAAUAGAACCGCAAACAUCGGCUGCAAAUAGAGAAACGUUUACUGCAAAAGAAGAGGUGACAGAAAUUCCAAGAAUGAUGGAAGAAUUAGAAACAACUCAAAUUACAUUAUUCAAAGAUAUUCCGGAAGAAAUUAAAUCUUGUUCGUUCGACCAGCCACAAAUUUUAUUAGACAAGAAUAUUGAGCAAACUAAUUUAACGGCAGAAACAUUUAAGUUAAAUCAUAGAGAAAGGACGUCGAGAAAGAAACGAAAAUUAACUGCAAAACAACUGCAUCUACUUCAAUGUAAACAACAAGCCAAGCAAUAUGAAAAAACACCUUCGAUACAAAAGCUGCUAUCUUUUCUCACGCCUGCUGAAAUAGCAAGUAUUAAAACUAGAAUACGAAAAGCAAGAUAUGCCCCAAGAAUAUAUGUAAGAAUAUAUCAUAAUAUUGCACAAAGGAAAGCUUUUGGUUACUUAAAGCUCUUAGAAGAUUAGUAAUUUAUUGCAAGUCCUAAAAUCAAGAAUGGAAAAUCAGGAUGUGAAAUUCAUCUACUUUGGAAUGUCAUGAGAAGCAAAUCUUACCGAGUAUGAAUUUAUCACAUUUAUAUUAGCAAAAAAGAAUUAAUUUCGUCAUAAUAAUGAGGAGAAUAAUAUUAUCAUAAUAAAAUAUUCAAUAUUCUAACUAUACUCUUAUUGCACACACAGUAAAGCUGUAAUUAACGACUUACGGCAACUACAUACAGAUGGAAAAGAUUCAAAUGGACAUGUUGGGUGCAAAGUUUCAACAUUAUGUCGAUACAACGGUAGUUUUACUGUAUUUUUAAAAACGAAUACAUGAAAUAUACAUUUAUAAUUAUAUGUAUGUAUAAUUGUGGUAGAAGGAUUGUAUUAUUCUCUGAAUAUAGACCUCUGAAUUCUAUCUUAUCGCUAACGGUGUCGCAAAGAGUAUCGUAGAACGUAUUCUUUCUGAACACAUAAUCUUGACGGGGAUUAUUCGGUUGAGCACUUUACUCGCCGGUGACGAAUACUUUUACUACGUGAGAGAAUCUCUAUACUGACAUUAAUAGAGAUUCGCCGUUUAAGAAAUGCGCCGAUAAAUAUUGAUCUGUGCGUAACCGAUUUCGGGGAGAAAAGUGAUAGUGGGAAAUAGGAAUAAAUUCGAUCGAAUUAGUAUAAAUAAGUAAUACACAGCAAAAGGUAGCCUCUUUAGGAUCGGUUCAUCUAUGCAAAGUGUUCCCGAGCGUAACAUACAUCCAAAAUAUCUGACGAAUUACGUUGAAAAAUAUUCUCAUUUAACAUUUAAUCUCUAUACAUCUUAUCGAUUUAUUUUGGAGGUGCUGGAUGCUUAUAUGCACGAUAUGUUACGUGCAAUAAUUGAUUAUAAGGUACGGUGUUUUACUCUUUUUUUUUCCUCUACGCUCACUAAUUACGAAAUUGCAAUAUAGAACGUGCUCGAUUCUACGACCGAUCUUAAAGAGUUCGUAUUCGUCUUUAGUGAUUAAGAAAUAUUUUUUCUUUAAUCGCAUAAUUAUUAUCUACAGUUUUGGAGUGUCUCAAUUUAAAAUUUUCUUCGCA